AUGUUGUUCAAGUCCACAUCUGCUGCCGCCCUAUUGGCACUUUGCUCUCUGUCCAGCGCCGCCUCGCUCCACCACAAGCGUACAACAGAGUCUGGCAUCUUCCUGUAUGUAUAUGGAACAGAUUCCUCAGGUGAGGGUCCAAACGGGGGACCAGUUUUCUACGCCAAUGGACUCGCGUAUGCCGGCACCGCUGCGGCUCCAUCAUGGGCUGCAGUUAAAACUAAUGUCACCUUCACCCUGGACUCCGAUUCAACGACCACGGCAUGGACAAUCUCACCAAACAACUCCACUGUAUCGUUCAAUUCCACCGAGUCAAUGUACAUCGUGCCCACGACUGGGUCGUUCACGCAGGUCGGCUUUUCAAGUAACAGUACCUUACCCACUGGUGCCGUGACAACUGGGUUCACGUUCUUUGGCACAAGUGUUGCGUAUGCUGCAAGCGACUCGGAUUAUGAAAUGAUGUUCUGGGCAACCGCGACGAAUACCACCGGUAUUUACGCGCUCUAUUGGAACGCAGCCGCUUCCAACGAUGACAUUGUCAAUGGCUCCUUCCCAGUUACUCUGAAGACCACUCCGCCUGUAGUUCUUACGGUAUGAUAUCCGUGGGGAUAAUGGUGUAAAUUUCCUUUGUCCGAUGUUUAGGGUAUGGGUCAGCAUUGGAGGUGUUGGAUGUUGGAUUUGUCUUGAUUUGGUAUCUGAAAUUGGGCUCUUCGGAAUAUGGGAAGGCUUAAAAGGUGGUUGGGGUGUUGAUAAAUGAUAUUUGUUUGCUGAAGCUCUUGAUAGUUUCUCGGAACAUUGGGGGAAUUUGAUCUCGACAAGUUGAGUAUCAAUCACAUUUUGCGAACAGCCACCUCAUGGCAGACACGCAGGCCAAGCUGGGACAUCGGAAUAACCAACUGUAUAUUGCGUGGUUGCUGG